AUCGAUAGCUCUGCGAUCAGCUCGUCUUGACUGCCUUCACUCUGCACGCACACUAACAUCGCUGGUGCUGCUAGCUAGUUAGCAACGGGGAACCAACAACUCGCCCUCUACAAUCAUGGCUGACCCAAGAAUACGACAAAUUAAGAUCAAAACCGGCGUUCUGAAGAGGCUGGCCAAAGAGGAGGAGUCGUAUAGAACGGAGGCCAAGCAGCAGGAGGAGAAGAUCGAGCAGCUGAAAGCAGAAGCGGCCGACAGUUACCUCAUCAAGCAGCACGUAUGUUGUGCACGCCACCUCAUCAAGCAGCACAUGGAGGGCUUGCAGGAGACCAUCAUGAUGAUACCAGACAGCCGGCGCCGCCUGACCAACGCAUACGGCGACCUGCAGCAGCUACUGGAAAUGGAGGAAGAUUUGGCGGAAUCUGCAGAAUAUCAAGAAGCCAAAAACAUGUUGGACUCAGUCAAGAUGGAAGUAUGAUUCUCUCAGCACUGUGAGGUUGCUCUUGCUUGUCACGUUCAUUCCUUACCGCAUACAGAACCACCCACAUAAUAAUUAUUAUUGUAUGAUGAUGAGCAUAGUUUGAUUGGUCCGUCGCUUUUUAAACCUCUCUUCAAACAAUGCAACUUUCUUACGUGAAACUGUACCUUUCUUUUUCUUUUUGUAAUUAUUGUUUUGUCAAACAAAUACACUGCAGACCGAUGCACUCA